AUGGAAGACGGAAGAUAUUUUGAGCCUUGUAAUCGCCUAACAGACUCGCGUAUUACUACUACUACUACUCCGUAUUACUACUACUACUACUCCGUACUACUACUACUCCGUACUACUCCGUACUACUACUACUACUACUACUACUACUACUACUACUACUACUACUACUACUACUACUACUACUACUAUUAUUAUUAUUAUUAUUAUUAUUAUUAUUAUUAUUAUUAUUAUUAUUAUUAUUAUUAUUAUUAUUAUUAUUAUUAUUAUUAUUAUCACCACUUAGUUAAUCUGUCCUCUUGA